AUGAUGGACGAAGAAGACGUUCCGCAAUCACAAAUGGUUGGAAAAUAUGAAAAAUGUAAAUCGUUUUGUCAGUAAAAUCUUUAAAAUGUUCAAAUUGCAGUCCACGAGCGCGCGAUCGUCGGAGUCUGGAGUUUUCAUUUCGGAGGCGCCAUCGGAGUGGUCACCAUCAGCCACGAGGCCACCAAACUAAGCGUUUUGUCAGUUUUUUUCCCCGAUUUUUGAAGAUGUAUCUGCAGAAAAGCUGUGCUAACAGUCAGUUUUCAGUGAGGUGAGCCGCAAUCCGAACAAUGUAAACGUGGAUAUGAAACUGAAAUUGGUCGACUGGAGCCAUCCGAUCCAAUCGUGUCAGCUCAGCCAAAACGGAAAAUGUGAGCAGUUUUGAGCAACUUUGCUAGAAAUUGCAUUAGAAUGUUCGAAACGAGAAAUUGCAGACCUUCUUGCGUUGACAAUGGACGGACGGUCGAACGAGAUCAUAAUGGACCGGGAGGUGCUGCACAAAACCACUGAUUUCGGGUACAUGGAGGCCGUCUUCUGCUCGAUUCAUCCCGCAGUCACCGGAUAUAUCGUUUGUGAGCACAGUUUUUGAACGGGAACAUUCAAAAAUAGUUCUGUCGUACUCUAGUCUCUCUACACUUUUCACUUUUCUUUGGAAAAUAAGUGCGUAGAGAACCCCCCUCGUACCAAGUGUUCUCGUGUAUCCAAUUGAGACAAAACUAGAAGACUUCAGCGAGCGGUUCGAAUGUGCUGAAGGACAUUGAGUAUUCGACGGGAAAGGAGCGGCGAACGGAGCAGUUGGUGGGCGUCAAAACGAUCACUUGCAUGCAGCACGUACGUUUUCGCGAGCAGCACCUUCCUAGCAAGUAUCCGUUUGCAGAGUCGCAACUCGAAGUACAUUGCAAUCGGGCAGACGGACGGCGCGAUCGACCUGCUGCACGAGGACACUUUGAAACCGUACCACAAGUACGAGAGUGAGUUGAUCGACCGCUUUUCCUCCCGAAAACUACACUUUCAGUCCAUUCGAUGCGAAUCCGCAAAAUUGAAUUUCUGCCCGACGGCGACCGCUUCUUGACGGCGUGCGACGAUCGGCUCAUCAAGCUCAGCUCGCUCACAGAUUUGUUCGUGUUUUAUCUUUUUUUUGUCGUUUAAGACAAUAAACAAAAAAAUGACGAAAACUUGAGAAUUCAUAGAAAAGACUUGUCAAUUUUUCCAGCAGUAACGAAGCGGAUCCGACUCGGUCGACGAAAGCGAUCCGAAUUUAUUCGGCCCACGAUUCGGGCGUCACCGGACUGACAAUCGACGAGCGAUCCGGCGGGACUCGAUUCGCCAGCUCUUCCGCCUCCGCGCAGGUUCGUUUUUGGAGAAAUAUCGGAAUUUUCUUCGACAAAUACAAUAAAUUUAACUUCCAAAUGGAAAAGGGGAACUUUUGGAGCCUAUUCUGUGAAGAACACGUAUUACUCCGCACUUGCACUUUGAUUUUGUGGAUUUUGAGUCAAAAACUAGAAAAAUUCGAUGAAAAUUGAAUCCAAAAUGAAAAUGCUCGAAUUGCAGGGUAUUUUUCUGUCACAAGAUUAGAAUAUUGUCGUUUAUCCCAUUUUCAUCAGGGAUUGUUCGUUAAUCGUCGAGAGCGGUCUGAAAACCUCACUUUUCAGAUCUUCAUCUGGCACAUCGAACUGGCGACUCCGAUCAUCCGAAUCGCCAACGAUCACACUCUCAACGUACGUUCUCUACAGCAGUAAUCCCCUCCCAUUUUUUGCCAUUUCCAGGUGAGUGCCCUCUCUUUCGCGCCGACCGGACGGCAUUUACUGUCGGGCGGAGACGAAGGACUGCUCCAGGUGUACACGAUUCCGGGCAUCGAGACUGGCGCCGAGUCUCCACACCACAAUGCGGUACGCUUGACAUUUAACAGUUGUUCUAAAUGUUUUGGGACCUGAACUUCUGACAUGGUCGGAAUUAUCUGAUCUGGUCCAAACUUUGAAGGCUUCUUGGACUCGGCCCUUAUAUCUCCGGCCCAAAUGAUCCGAUCGGUCUAUAACGCGGACCCAAAAUCCUUCAAUCCAAGUCGAAGAAGCCUGCAAAGUUUGGGUUCUAUCGCAUCAUUGCAACUGGGUCAAAAGUUCAGGCCUCGCAGAUUACUCAGGCGGCCCCGCAAGCACCGGUCCGAGUAGCUGUCCCGCCGGCUCUCUCCUCCUCCUCGGAAUCGGGCCCAGAAGAGCCGGAGCACGAAACGGCGGCAGUGGCGACAGUGCAGUCUCCGGAAUAUCAGGCGCCGAGUGAAGAGCAGAUUCAGUAUUAUCAGGAACAGACGGAACACCACCCAGAAGGUUCGUUUUGGGAAGGAAAUUUGAAGGGUUUUCUUGAUAAAAUGCGCGUUUUUCCUCACUGAAAAAAGUGGAAAAACAGUGUGAACAUCCUAGAAAUAGCUCAAUUUUUUGCAGAAAGCCAACAGCAGCCCGCCUCGAACUACCAGGAAUAUAAUCCGUACGCGGAACCACGGACUCCGCCCCAAGAGGAAGAGGAUAUUGGGGACUUUGUGUACGAUCAGCAGCCCGUCGGACACUAUCAACGUACUAUUUACUGCAUUUCUUUCCUAUUUUCCACAAGAUUUUGUUGCAGAAGACGCGCCAGCCGAAUAUCGAGAGGACGAGUACAAUCCGGAGGCGUAG